AGGGCAGGCGAGGCUGUGACUAACACAGUAGGUUUCUGCAAUUUUCCCUCUCUUUGAAGAUGGUGGUAGGAGCUACAGAGCGCCUGGGUGGCUGGUGCCUAUGGAAGUCCCUGCUGACACGCUGUCUGACCUUUCUAUCUUAUUUCAUUCCCCAACCAGGCAGAAGAUGGGAACAUCGAGUACAAGCUGAAGCUCGUGAAUCCCUCGCAGUACCGCUUCGAGCACCUCGUGACGCAGAUGAAGUGGCGACUGCAGGAGGGCCGCGGUGAGGCCGUCUAUCAGAUCGGCGUGGAGGACAACGGGCUGCUCGUGGGCCUCUCGGAGGAGGAGAUGCGCGCCUCGCUCAAGACGCUGCGCCGCAUGGCCGAGAAAGUUGGGGCAGACAUCACGGUACUCCGGGAGAGGGAGGUUGACUACGACAGCGACGUUCCCAGGAAGAUAACAGAAGUCCUUGUCCGAAAGGUGCCUGACAACCAGCAGUUCUUAGACCUGCGAGUGGCUGUGCUGGGGAAUGUGGACUCAGGGAAGUCAACGCUUCUGGGCGUCCUGACGCAAGGAGAGCUGGACAACGGGCGGGGGAGAGCGCGCCUCAACCUCUUCCGGCAUCUCCACGAAAUCCAGUCUGGAAGAACGUCGAGUAUCAGCUUUGAGAUCCUUGGCUUCAACAGCAAAGGAGAGGUGGUGAAUUACAGCGACUCCCGGACAGCAGAAGAGAUCUGUGAGAGCUCCUCCAAGAUGAUCACUUUCAUUGAUCUGGCUGGCCACCACAAGUACCUGAAAACAACCAUCUUUGGCCUCACCAGCUACUGCCCAGACUUUGCUAUGCUGGUGGUUAGCGCCAACACCGGCAUUGCAGGCACAACGCGAGAGCACUUGGGCUUGGCAAUGGCCCUCAAGGUCCCUUUCUUCAUUGUCAUCAGCAAAGUCGACUUGUGUUCAAAAGCCACUGUGGAACGGACAGUGAAGCAGCUGGAGCGAAUCCUGAAGCAGCCAGGCUGCAAUAAGCUCCCCCUGCUCGUGAAUUCCGAUGACGAUGCGGUCACAGCAGCACAGCAGUUUGCACAGUCUCCCAACAUCACCCCAAUCUUCACACUGUCCAGCGUUUCUGGGGAGAACCUAGAUCUCUUGAAAGUCUUCCUCAACAUCCUUCCUCCACUGACCAACAGUAAAGAGCAGGAGGAACUAAUGCAACAACUCACGGAGUUUCAGGUCGAUGAAAUCUAUACUGUGCCAGAGGUGGGGACUGUUGUGGGAGGAACUCUCUCAAGCGGGAUCUGCCGAGAAGGGGAGAACCUGGUGGUCGGUCCCACUGACGACGGGAAGUUCCUGCGGCUGAAGGUGUGCAGCAUCCAGCGCAACCGCUCGGCCUGCCGGGUGCUGCGCGCAGGGCAGGCAGCCACGCUGCCCCACGGGCCCUUUGACCGCUCCCUCCUGCGCAAGGGCAUGGUGAUGGUGAGCCCAGAAAUGAACCCCACCAUCUGCUCAGUGUUUGAAGCUGAGAUCGUGCUGCUGUUCCAUGCCACGACUUUCCGGAAGGGCUUUCAGGUGACGGUGCACGUAGGCAACGUGCGGCAGACUGCUAUUGUAGAGAAGAUCCACGGAAAGGACAAGCUGCGGACGGGAGAGAAGGCAGUCGUCCGCUUCAGAUUCAUCAAGCAUCCUGAAUACUUGAAGAUCGGAGCCAAGCUGCUCUUCCGUGAAGGAGUCACCAAAGGCAUUGGGCAUGUCACUGACCUCCAAGCCAUCACCACCAAAGAAAAUGGCCUGGAGGAGUCCCUGGGGCCUGGACAACGGAGCUUCUGACUACGGCUGGGUCAGAGAGAUCGCUCGCCAACAAGCGGGGAGAAGGACGGAAGCUCCCCUGGCUCUCUGAGUGGUGCCUGGAGCUGCUGCUAUCCAGCUCCAGCGUGGGCGUCCCUCCUCUGUGCUGCGAGGUGGAGUCUUGGAGAGUUCCUUGCGUUCAGUGCCGUACAAGAGGCAAGUUAAGCAUGUUCUCCAUGUUGCCUUCUGCUUUGAUUACCCUGCCCUCCGGAAGAGAUCAGAGGUACCUGCAGACUUGGGCAGGCAAGUUCUGGCUGUGUUUACUGUUUGAAAAUUAGUGGUUGGGAGGAGCAGAGUCCUUGAAGACUAGCAGUGAAGGGAUUUUUUUUUCCAUCUGUGAUACAAGAUCUGGUCCCGUUCCAGCUUGAUCCA